ACCGGCUGACUCUGAAAGAGAUUGGCAGUGUGAGCGCACGGCGCCCGAAGGGAGGGUGGCAGUGUCAGUGGCGUUCGAAGAACAGCCCCGGAGGUUGAGGUUAACGAAUCCGGACGAAGUUGCGACAGCUCUAGUCUUCCCUUGGAAUCACGUGUGCUGUCUGUGUACGUGAUUGCCGACGCGGUAUCCAUCCAGAUCAGGUCUUCAUCAUAUCUCCAGCUGUGAGGAUGCCUUCGUGUGAUAAGUUCACCCAGUUUCCCGCUGGCGCCGAUGAGGAAAGGCUAGAUUUAGUGGACGAAGAGGAGCAGCCAUUGCCGAAAAAGUUCAAGUCCUCCGGAUGUCACGCAGUGAAAAGUAGCAGAAAACGUGGGUUUGAGAUAGGGAAAUUCUUCGAGACUGACUACUACUUCGAAUGCGGCUUGAGGAAAGUCUAUCCUUAUUUCUUCACUUUCACAUCGCACGCUAAAGGUCGCUGGGUCGGUAGAACUAUGCGGGAUGUAUUUGCAAAAGAAUUUCGUCUACUUUCGCCGGAACUCUAUGAAAAGCAGGCUGCAUUGGGGAGAACAAUGGUCAAUUACAAGAAGGUAGACCUGGACUACACCAUCCAAAACAACGACAUUAUAUCAAAUUUGGUUCAUAGGCACGAGAUGCCCGUGACCGACAAACCCCUCAAGAUUGUCCACAGUGAUGACGAUGUACUGGUGUUGGACAAGCCGAGCUCAAUACCCAUUCACCCAGUAGGUCGUUACCGGCAUAAUACGGUGCUGUGGAUUCUUGCGCGAGAUUAUGGUAUGAGCGGCCUUCACACGGUGCACCGACUUGACCGACUUACCAGCGGCGUUCUGAUUUUCGCACGGAAACUUGAAACGGCGCGCAUGCUUGAAGACCAAAUGCGGAGUCGUGAACUCAAGAAGGAGUACUUAUGCAAAGUCGUCGGAAAAUUUCCGUCAAAUGUGGUUUGCGAUAAAGCCAUCAAGACCAUCUCCCACAAAAUUGGACUUUGCCGAGUUGCUGACGAUGGGAAGAAGUGUGAAACGGAAUUUCAGAGAUUGACUCAUGACCCUGAGACCGAGACUUCUAUUGUUUUGUGCAAACCGAAAACAGGGAGAAUGCAUCAAAUUCGUGUUCAUCUUCAAUUUCUCGGACAUCCAAUAGUGAAUGACCCAUUGUAUAAUUGUUCAUCGUUCGGACCGAAAAUUGGAGCGAAUGGGGAUUUUGGUGGCGUCACAGAUGAUGAACUUAUCGACAAGUUAAUCCACAAGCAUAAUGCUGAGAACUGGCUGAUCGAUGAGGAACACCCGAUAAAUGACAUUCAGGAAGACAAUAUUUGUUUCGCAUCGCGUGGUGUGCAAACUUCAGAGGCGAUCGAAGAUGUCAGCCGGGACUUCGUCCUUGACAAAAUGAGCUGUGAUCCAUUCUGUUUGGAAUGCAAGCGGAAGUACAAGGAUCCUACUGAGGAAGAACUUUCCAUGUGCUUGCAUGCCUUACGAUACCAGCACGGCUCCAGUAGCGCUGCUGACAUGUCUGAUGAAUCACCUGCGGUGAUUGCCGUGUCCGGAGACGGAAUGGAUUCCGUUGAAACCCUCGAACACACAGACGAAGCUGGUCAGAAUUGUUCGGAAGAGAAGCCCGCAUUGGUUGAGCAGCUAACGAGCCCGGUGUCCGUUGAAGAUGACUUGCAUGUUGCUAAUGCGAGUGGAUUACAGGUGGAAAACCCUGAAAGCCAGUUGGAAUCCAGCGAAAUACCGCAUUUACAGGAUAAAGACGUCGUGGAGAAAAAUGCGGAACCCGAUAGUCUACCGUCACUCGCAGCUGCUCCAAGUUCGAAUGAAGAGCCAGAAGGGUCUGUUUCUUCAGCCAAUGAAGAGCCAGAAGAGUCUGUUUCUUUAGUCAGACCUCCCGAAAUUUCGUCGGAGAAAUGUUCCGAAGAUAUUGUUGACGAAGAAGUACCCGGAAUUCACAAUCAAGUUCUGCCUCCUGCAGACUCAGGAAAUGCUCCAUCCGCUGAUGCUGAAGUUUCUUGUGAGCAUGACGUGCCGUGUGCUUCAGAAGCCAGCACGCCGUCGUCAUUUUCUCGGGAUGCCGACUCAAAGGGUGAAGAUGAACUAGCUUCCUUGGAUGAGAAACCGGUUGCUUUGGAGGGAACGGAUGUCUUGAUGCAGGAAAUCGCCGUUGACGUCGAGCAAUCUGAUAAGGAGGCAAUGAACGCUGGCUCUGCAAGUCCUGCUGUUAGUGUCCAGAGCGCUGAAGAGCUCGUAAAAGCGGACGACAUGACACCAGCAUUGAAGUUCGCUGUGCUCGUUGGGCUGGUCGACGUAGGAAAUGUCAGCAACAAGGAAGUUGUUUCCACAGUUCAGCAUCUAGCCGAAAUGUGGAGUGUGUUCAUUGCUAUGCUGCGGAAGUCGAUACGAAACCUACAGGCCUGCGCAGACGUCGGUCUGAUCGCCAAAGUCCUGAAUCGGCUCGGCAGUGCUGACCCAGUUGUUGCGGACCUCUUGAUUGAGUUACUUGGUGUCCUGGCAUCGUAUUCCGUGACUGUUUGGGAAUUGAAAUCCAUCUUAGCGUCCAUGAAAGGGGUUGGUGGGCGAUGGCCUCGACAUUCAGCAAAAUUAUUGAAUGUGCUGCAUCAAAUGCCACAGCGCACCGGACCCGACCAGUUCUUCUCUUUUCCCGGAAAGCAAGGCUCAGCUUUGUUGAUUCCCCCGAUGGCGAAGUGGCCUUACGAAAAUGGGUUUACUUUCAGCACCUGUUUUCGACUUGAUCCAAUAAAUGCUGUCAACAUCGAGCGCGAAAGGCCUUAUCUGUACUGUUUCAGAACGUCGAAGGGUACAGGAUACUCGGCGCACUUCGUUGGGAAUUGUCUUGUUCUGACCUCCAUGAAGGUGAAAGGCAAAGGCUAUCAGCACUGCAUAAAGUAUGAAUUUCAGCCACGGAAGUGGUAUACCCUGGCUGUCGUGUACAUUUACAACCGAUGGAGCAAGAGUGAAAUCAAGGUGUACGUGAACGGGCAGCUUGCAUCGUCCACAGAAAUGACAUGGCUAGUAUCGACAAAUGAAGCUUUCGAAAAGUGUUAUAUUGGGGCGUCCGCUGAACUGGACGAAGAAAGAGUGUUCUGUGGACAAAUGGCUGCUGUUUAUUUAUUCAGUGAGGCCCUGACCGCCCACCAAGUUUGUGCCAUGCACCGACUUGGCCCCAGCUACAAGAGCCAGUUCAGAUUUGAAAACGAAAGCUUGGUUCAGCUGCCGGAAAACCACAAGCGUGUUUUGUAUGACGGGAAAAUGUCAAACUGCAUUGUGUUCAUGUAUUCGCCAGUAGCAACAGACAGUCAGCUUUGUUUGCAAUCAGCACCCAAAGGAAACGCUUCUUACUUCGUGCAUACGGCCCAUGCGCUCAUGCUGCAGGAUGUGAAAGCAGUCGUUACCCAAUCCAUACAUUCCACGCUCACUUCAGUCGGUGGUGUCCAGGUUCUGUUUCCACUUUUCUCUCAGUUCCACUUACCGACAACUGCGGAAGGUGGUCAAGAAGACGCAAAAGCCAUUGCGUCAUCUGCAGUUGACAAGAGUCCAGAAGCCGGUGAUCCUCAAAUGUGUGCCACGCUUUUAGCAUUCUUGUGUGACCUGAUCGAAAGCUGUCCAGAAGUGCAGCACCAAAUGGUAACCUCAAGAGGAUUCCUUGUGAUCGCCUGGCUGUUGUUGCAACAGCAAAAACGACACCUGAAUAAGCGAGCAGCUGCUUUGAAAGCUGCUCAACAUCAACAACAGCAACCGCAACCCUCCAAUGAUUCGAAUAAAGAAACGAAAAGCAGCCAACCGGAUGACGUCAAGAAGGCAGAGUCACUUUCAUCUGUGGAUGUGGCCGUGAACAAGCAGGAGCAUUUGCUGUCAAUGCCCGUGUUAUCAUCUUUCCUGAGACUGACGAAGUUCCUGGUGACGUGUCCCCACAGCACUGCCGAGCCUUUGCUGAAACAGCUGCUGGAUCAUAUUCUUUUCAACCCUGCCCUGUGGAUUUAUAGCCCUGUCCCUGUCCAGCUCCGACUGUAUUCCUACCUUGCGACUGAGUUUCUCUCAGAUACCCAGAUUGCAUACCAGGGCAGCAUGAGAAGGGUUUCAACAGUAUUGCAAACUCUGCACACUCUGAAGUAUUACUAUUGGGUAGUGGAUCCGAGACCCAGGUCAAAUAUCAGCCCGCGUGGAAUAGAUGGACCAAGGCCCAGCAGGAGUGACAUUCUUUCAAUAAGAGCGUACAUUUUGCUCUUCGUGAAGCAGUUAAUUUUGGCUGGUAGUGGAGUGAGCAAAGAGGAUGAGUUGCAAGCGCUGCUCAACUAUUUAACCACGAUGCAUGAGGAUGAAAAUUUGCACGAUGUACUUCAGCUGCUGAUCGCGCUCAUGUCAGAACACCCGUCCACUUUGGUCCCAGCAUUUGAUGCCAAAGGUGGUGUGCGCACCAUUUUCAAAUUACUCGAGUCAGAAACGGAACUCGUGAGGCUCCAGGCGUUGAAGCUGCUUGGCUUUUUCCUCAGCAGAUCUACCCACAAGCGAAAGUAUGAUGUGAUGAAUCCACACAAUUUAUAUACGUUGCUGGCUGAACAACUGCUGCAUGUUAUGCCCCAUGAUGGUGUGCUCAACAUGGCCACGUACAACGCUUUGUAUGAGAUUUUGACAGAGCAAGUACACCAGCAAGUGGCAUUCGCCAGGCAUGCAGAGCCGGAGUCGCAUUUUAAAUUUGAGAAUCCAAUGAUUUUGAAGGUUGUGGCCACCUUGAUCCGGAGAUCGAAAGAAACUAGUUCGUUGCUGGAAGUGAAGAGAUUAUUUUUGUCAGAUAUGACAAUGCUGUGCAAUAGCAACCGGGACAACCGCCGGACUGUUCUGCAAAUGUCGGUUUGGCAGGAAUGGCUCAUAGCAAUGGCGUACAUCCACCCGAAAAAUGACGAGCAGCGCAAAAUCUCAGACAUGGUGUAUUCCUUAUUCCGCAUGUUGCUCCAUCACGCACUGAAAUAUGAAUAUGGUGGUUGGCGCGUGUGGGUUGACACACUCGCGAUUGUCCACGCAAAGGUUGCUCAAGAAGAAUUCAAGCUUCAGUACACCGAAAUGUACAGGAUGUACGAGAGCCGAAGAGCGGAUAACAUCACAGAUCCUGCUGUAAGACAGAAGAGACCCAUCUCCACCAUUUGUGGUUGGGAACAAGGAUACCAAGAUUCUGACAAACAGACCCUGCAGGAGCCCGACGUGACCAAACAAGGAAACACAGAGGCUCUGCCGAGUGCCAGGAAUGAGGAAGAACUAGAACGAGAAGAUGCCAAUGUACCUGAGGAAGACGAUGAACAGGAAGAAGAUCUUGAGGAAGAAUCAAGUAACAGCAAAACUGUCAGUGCUUCGAGAAGUCCUACGACCGAAGUUAUUAGCGACAGUGAAGCCAGGAUCCUUCCGGCAGGAGAUGAAGCGAAUGAAACUGACCUAGAUACAAACAAGGAGGAAUGCAUAGAGAAGAAGAUAGCUGUUUCAGUGAUAGGAGACUUCGGUGAUACUUUAAUUAAUGGUGGAGGUAUGCCAGCUACAGACGAGGAAUCCCAUCUGGUGCUUCAAAAUGGUGGUGGUGAUGAAGUUCACGCAACGAAGAUAGACAUAGAUGCCAGCAAGCCGAGGCAAGUAAGUCAAGGAACCCAAAUGGAUGAAGAGGAUAUUGGUGCUCCGAGGAAGAGGUACUCCUUACCUGCUACUCGCAGGAAAAGAAAUAAAGCCGCUCGAAGCAAGUCAUCAGCAAGUGCCUCUGACAGUGGGAAGCUGGAUUCUGAAAAAGGUGUAUCCGCUUCAUCUGCCUCAGCGUCAGCUGAAAGCAAUACGAGACAGAUGUUUUCUCCCGGUCCAUCACGUCCUCCGUUCCGAAUACCAGAGUUCCGGUGGUCCGUUAUUCAUCAGAGGCUGUUGAGUGAUGUGCUUUUUUCUCUGGAAUCUGAUAUCCAGGUGUGGCGCAGUUCGAGCAAGUCAAUCCUGGACUGCGUCAACAGCGGAGAAAACGCAAUUUUCGUCAUAAAUACUGUGCAUUUAAUUUCACAGUUGGUGGAUAAUUUGAUCAUUGGCUGCGGUGGACUUCUACCGCUGCUGGCCUCGGCGACUUCACCGAAUUGCGAGCUGGAUGUAGUAGAACCAGGGCAAGGCCUUCCGGUUGGUGUUGCGAUUGGGUUUUUGCACAGGCUUUUGUCCUUGGCCGACAUUCUGGUAUUCGCCUCCUCCCUGCACUUUGCUGAGCUCGAGCAAGAGAAACACAUGGCAGCUGGUGGCAUUCUAAGGCAGUGUUUGAGAACUGUUUGUACGGUAGCAGUUCGGAACUGCCUGGAAUGCCGGGAACGGCAUCGACUGGGACUUCUCGGUGAUGGAGCUCUGCCACCAUUGUCACCAACGACCGCAGCUGCAUUAGCUGUUGCAUCCGUUGGGAGUGCUGGCAACACCGGUGGAACUGAUGGUGGAAAUGUCGGUGUAAUGAACGGACAUAGCAUCGACGUUGACCCACGUUUCUCACAUAUUCAAGCCCUGAUCCGUGGUGUGCUUACAACGGUGGAGAACAUCGCUGAGCUUGGAGGGCAACAAGCAACUCCAGUGAAAGAUGCGAACAAGUUACUGCAGGAUAUGGACAUCAAUCGCCUUCGGGCAGUGCUUUAUCGUGAUGUGGAGGAGACGAAGCAGGCGCAAUUCUUGGCCCUGGCAAUUGUGUACUUCUUGUCAGUCCUGAUGGUUUCCAAGUACAGAGACAUCCUAGAACCUCCGUCGACCACUGCGAGCGGUAGCAUGGGACAGCAGCAGUCACAACCUAGGUCCUCAUCAGCCUGUGGAUCGUUAGACACAGUAACCCCUGAUGUUGCCGUCUCUGGUGGCAGCUGCCGACCGUCACAAACUGCUGCAGGUAAAGCGAGUGAUGCUUCUUAUGUGGACUUCAACGAGUCGUUUAGUUGCAUGUGGCCUGCGUCGGCAUGCGAAAGUUCAAUUGGGAUUAAUGGUGAAGCGGCGCGAGUGAGAAAACGGCGACCACCGCGUUACACAAUCCCGCCUAGCCUCAUGGAGGAAAAAGAUCCUUUCUUCUUUGGUCUUGAUCGACGACACGCUGCAGGAUUUCAGUUUCUUCCCAUUACCACACCGCAUGUGUCGUUCCUCAAGAGACAUUUCCCGAUAGUUGGUCCCACUGCGAUAUCAUACCUUCUCAACGACGCUUCGGCGGAGACCCGGACGAACGAAAAGAAUGCUGAGAUGUCGCGUAGGGCUAGUUAUGGUGGUCAGCAAGCUACCGAAGGCAAUAGAAAAGAACGCGAGAAAAUGAAUGUAAGAAGGAUGUCGCAUGCUUGUGUCGAUGAGGCCUCGACGCAGAAACGAAAAAACACAGUACUUCUGCCCGCCUGGGGUAUGCGAAACAAGUCUAGGGUAAUCAACAUUUCCGAUCAACAGUGUGUAUUUGUUGACUCCAGGCCAGUGAAGCUACAAGGGGACAGAGAGAUCGUCGAACGGGAUGAUGAGCAAGGAUCUGCGAUUUUGUCUGAGCAUGUGGGCGACGUGUCGCCUCUGGGCGUUGCGAGUGGCUCUAACCCUGACACAGACGCUUGUAUGCCUACUAACCCGGCCAUCGUGCAAGCUGUUACUGUAACUAAAUCCUCUUACGGUCAGAAGCUGGAUUCAGACGGUGGCUCGGUGAACAGUGCCAUCAUCGUUGCGCAGCAGCAGCAAAAAGAACAAAUUGAAAAUGGCCAGAACAUUGCGGAGGUUGAAGAUGAAGAGGAAGACGAAGAAGAAGAGGAAGACGACGAGGAUCGUCAGCGGCAAUUGCAGCGAAAUGGCGGAGAUGCGGAUCGAGAGGAUUGGUCUGAAGUCAGUUUGAACGAUGACUCCACUCCCACUGCGACAAAUGCUCCAGGAACAAUGAUGUCUGCGAGUGCGAACGCGAAUAAGCCGCCUGCCUCUAUUCCUGCUCGUCAGUCCAGAAAUGUUCAGCACCAGCCACCUCAACACAACAUGGCCGACCUGGUGCAACGUGAAGCCUCUUUGACCCAACAACUGGAAACUGCUCUUGGUCCAGUUUGCCCGCUUCUUAAAGAGAUAAUGGUGGAUUUUGCGCCUUUCUUGUCCAAGACCCUCGUUGGAUCACAUGGUCAGGAGCUGCUGAUGGAGGGCAAAGGACUGACCACUUUUAAAACUAGCCAGUCCGCUGUGGAGUUGGUGAUGUUGCUUUGCUCUCAGGAGUGGCAGAAUUCCCUGCAGAAACAUGCUGGCUUGGCCUUCAUUGAACUCAUUAAUGAGGGCAGGCUUUUGUCACAUGCAAUGAAAGAUCAUAUCGUCCGGGUUGCGAACGAGGCAGACUUCAUCUUGAAUCGGAUGCGAGCUGAUGAUGUUAUGAAGCACGUGGAAUUCGUGGGUCUUUGCGAGCAAUCCGCCGGAGAACGGAAAGACGAAGAGCGACUCUGCGAUCAUUUGAUAAGUGCAGCGCGGCGACGAGAUGCUAUGGCUGCUGGCAAGGGUCUCGAUCGUGUUCUGCAUUCAUUGACUUCACCGUUCGGUGCCUGGGGGCGUCGGGAUACGGAAGCGGCAGAGGCGGGUGUUCGUCAGCCAGCCAGCCGGGUUUACUGGAAACUAGACAUUUGGGAAGACGAUGCGAGGAGGAGAAAGCGGUUCGUUCCCAACCCGCUGGGCUCUUCGCACCCGGAGGCCACUCUGAUGGCUGCACUCGAACAUGGGGCUCCGCAAGACGCGAUUUUGCAGGCCCGUGAGGCGUUCCAUGCCCAACUGGCUGCCGCGCAGCAAAGGGCCAGUCGUUGCGGUGGAGCUGUCAUAGACCCUGCCCAACAACAACAGCAGCAGUCGAUGCAACAACAGCAGCAGACCUCGGCUGCGGCGGAACUCAUGCUGAUGGGUGACGAUUCGGGGGCGUCGGGUGACUACAUGCAGCACUUGGAUGAUCGGGACUUGGACGCAGAUAUUGCAGGCUCUGUCAAUCUGUCUGUUUCUGCUUCGCUGGUGGCGCCGGGGAUCAUCGUCCCAGGCACCUUUUCGGUGACCAAUACUGAAUUCUACUUUGAGGUGGACGAAGACGAUGUUCAGUUUAAGCAGCUGAACCAGCAGCAGCAACAGAAAUGCGCUGUGGAAAAAUAUGUCCGUGCCGGAGAAGCCGUGCAAAUUUUUUGCGCGGCGGAAGAAACACGGAUUCGAAUGCUGCGUAAGACGCCAGAUGUUGCUUGA